AUGGAAGGCCAAUAUACACAGCAGCAGCAGCAGCACCACCAACCUCGUUCUUAUGGACCUCACCAAAUGAAAAUGACAAUUCAGCCCUCACAACACUCAGACAAUGAUCGAAGCAGCAGCGAACUCCGUGCACUUGAUUGUAAUCUCACUUCUCUUUGCGAUCACAUCCAAGUUGAGGGUUUUAAUUCUGGUUCUUUCUCCGAUGUUAUUGUUCAUGCUAUGGGGUCCACUUAUCACCUCCAUCGCCUUAUUCUCUCUCGCAGUUCUUACUUCAGGAAUAUGUUACACGGUCCAUGGAAAGAAGCUAGUUCACCAAUUGUAACAUUACACGUCGAUGAUAAAAAUGUUAAUGCUGAAGCAAUUGCUAUGGCUUUAGCUUAUCUUUAUGGUCAUCACCCUAAACUUAAUGAUAGCAAUGCAUUUCGUGUUUUAGCUGCUGCUUCUUUUCUUGACCUUCAGGAUUUAUGUGCUAUAUGUACAGAUUUUAUAAUUUCUGAACUGUGGACUUCUAAUUUCUUGGCUUAUCAGGUAUUUGCGGAGAGUCAAGAUUAUGGGAUACAUGGAGAGCGUGUAAGAAAUGCUUGCUGGGGUUACCUUUGUCAGAGUGGCGCCAUGGAAUUGAAAGAGGUGCUUCCAAAACUUUCUUCUCAAACCCUGCAUGCGUUACUGACCUCAGACGAAUUAUGGGUACCUAGUGAAGAGAAACGGUUUGAAUUGGCAUUGUACACACUUCUUGUCAAAGGUGCUCUUUGCAAGACAGAACAUUCUGAGCAAGGAACUUCCAGUUCUGAGAUGAUUGCAGGUCUUCAUUCUGACUCUUCAAAAGCAAAGGGAAAAAAUUUGGCUGAUAGUUGCUCUAGAAAGAAGCUGGAAUCAGAAUUAGGACGAUGUUUACAAGAUGAACUAAAAGGUCAGAGUGCAGCUCACAGUCUUCUAGUUGAACUUAUUGAUUCUGCGGGUGAUUUUGAAGUAGUAGUGUCUGAUUCUUCCCAGUCAAAUCUGGUCACUGUUCCUCCAUCUGAUCCGAAACAAUCUUCCUCAUCGACAAAUUCAUUUUCAGAACUGAGUGGAAAUAGAACCUCAUGUUCUUAUAUUGAAAUGCCAAUUGGUGUUGGAACUAGUGGACUAGGGACCAGUUCAGUGGCUAUGGAGGGGCCAUCUGAAGCAGGCUCAUACCAUUUGAAUAGUAACCAUUGGGUUGCAGCAGAUCAAUCUAGGCAUUGCACAUCUACACAACCAUCCUGCAAUGGACUCAUGCUGAAUGAUUGGGGAAGAUGUAGCAUGCCUCAUCUUUCAUGGGGUGGUAGGGUUGUUGGCAGAAGACAGGUAAAAGAUCAUGCUAAAGGGAGUUGUGGGUUUCGUGGAGAGGAGUAUGAUACUUUUGUCAAUAUAUUUGAAGGGGGUUCACUUUUAUAUUGUAACAUGUCUUUUGAGGCACUUUUAAAUGUGAGAAAGCAGCUUGAAGAAUUGGGUUUUCCAUGCAAAGCUGUGAAUGAUGGUCUUUGGCUUCAGAUGCUUUUAAGCCAGAGAGUGCAUGAAAUUGGUGCUGACACAUGUAAAGUUUGCUGCUUCACAAGUACGGCAUGCACUUGUAGGCAACCCUUUGGGUUUUCACAAGGGGUCGCCACAACAGGUUAUUACAUGCAUGAGCAUGAUCAUAACAAUUCUUCUGGUAGCAUGGGAAAUGUAUAUGUUGCUGAUUCUACUCAAGGCGAGGGAAAUGGACUCUUUAGACCAGUCCGAGUACAUAUUAGGGGACCUAUUGAUGGGCUUGCGGGAAUUGGACGUGGAACUACAUUUGUGCCAACAGCUGCAUGGCCUCCAACUCGUUUUGUCUUUUCCCGUGUGCCUUUUGGUAUGGGUAACAGAAAUUGCCAGCAAUCUAUUGCUAAUGAAGAUUCAGAGAGUAGAACUGAUCACAUUGGAGACCUAGCAGGAGAUGGGCUGACAGCUCUGGUUGGGCUUAGCCAAGGAGGGAACAGUGCCACUAAUGUUCAGGGAGAGCAUAUGGAGAGAGGCUAUGAGACAGAACUGCAAGGAAGAUUAUCUGGAAUGUCCAUUUCAGCACCAAGUACCAGUGGUAUUGCUGUCCAGAUGCUCGAGUCACCAGAACAUGCCAUUGGAAUUGAGUGGGAGAACACAAACAGUUCCUCUAUAUCUUUAGAUAUGAAAACACCUUUGAAUCAUUUCCCUCCGUUUCGUUUCGGGGUUGAAUUUGAGGAUGUCCACAGGCUCAGUGAUGGCCAAGUCAAGCACUCCCUAGAAUACUUCUAUGCUGGCUCUUUGUGGAAGGUUAGUGUUCAGGCCUUUAACGAUGAGGAUCCUCAAGGACGCCGAACUCUUGGAUUAUUUCUUCACCGAAGGAAGGCAGAGAUUACUGAUAUCAUUAGAAAGGUUCAUAUCUAUGUGGACUCUCGGGAAAAGGUUACUGCUCGAUAUCAGUUGAUUUGUCCAUCAAAGAGAGAAGUUAUGGUGUUUGGAAGCUUUAAACAGCGAGGAACACUUUUACCAAAAGCUCCCAAGGGGUGGGGCUGGCGAACUGCUUUGCUAUUUGAUGAGCUCGGAGAACUUCUCCAAAAUGGGACCUUGAGAGUGGCUGCUGUUGUGCAGCUUGUAUAAACUUCAAAGGUAUCCAUCGUUAAUAGAGCUGACCGAUGCACAUGGCUCACUUGUCUUCCACUAUUUCAGAUGCAAGCCAUAGGAGUACUCUCCUGUUGCCCCAUUAUAGUUUCUUUGUUGAGCCAGCAUGAUAACUGGAGAUCAUAACCUUUUCAUUUAUCAACUUUAUAAGGAUUUUAGUGGAUCCGCAAUGUCUGAUCAUGCGACUCCAAGUUUUCUCUUGAUGCAGAGCAGAUUGUAGUUAGAAGAUAAGUCUGCUGCUAAGUUUAGAAUAGUCGGCCAACGUUGAAUGAAAAAUUGUUGGCUGGUUUUACAAAAUGUUCCUUAUAUAUAUAUAUAUAUAUAUACACAAAUCUAAAUCUGUAUUAACAUUUAUAGUUUUUUAUUGUUUAUUUGUAUGUAUAUAUAAAUGAACAUAAAAUAUACUUGAGAGUAGUAAAGUGCAAUUUGAUGCUUAA